CACGUAUGAAUGAAACUACAUAUGAAAGCAACUUAGAACAUAUCUCUUUCGAUUAUUUUAUUAUAUAGAUAAAAGAGAGAUGAUAAUGAAAUUGAAUACUCUUUAGUUUCAUCUACCAAUGAAAAAACCAUCAACUUCAAAUUUGCAUCAAUCUAACCAAAGGAAGAAAAAUAUUGGCACAAAUAACAUAAAUAGACACAAUCCUAAGAAUGAUCAUGGUACCAUGACAAAUUUUAACUAUGUUGUGAAAAAAAUUUCAGGUCUGUUCACAUUGAUUCUGUCAGGGAAAUCAAAAACAUCUUCAGAACCUUUUGAAAAUGAUUCUGCAAGGAAUAAUAAAGUCAGAGGGGUAUCAUCUUCAACAACAGAUGUAUCAUCUGAAAGUUCUAAGAGUUCAUCAAAGUGGAAAUCUUCUCAUCCUUCAACACCUACUAGCACUUCUAGUAAUCAAAUUGGAGUUGGAAAUUUUUCAUUUGAGGAACUUUAUAAGGGAACAGGAAAAUUUUCUCCAGAUAAUAAGAUUGGUGAAGGGGCGUUUGGAAUUGUGUAUAAGGGAAGGCUUUAUGAUGGAACCCUUGUGGCUGUAAAGUGUGCUAGGAAGGAUGUACAAAAGAAACACUUGGCUGAGUUCAAGAAUGAGAUAAACACGCUAUCGAAAAUUGAGCAUCUGAAUCUUGUGAGAUGGCAUGGAUAUUUGGAGCAUGGAGAUGACAAGAUUAUUGUGAUUGAAUAUGUUAAUAAUGGAACUCUUAGGGAACAUCUAGAUGGUGUGAGAGGAAAUGGACUUGAAAUUGGUAAGCGUUUGGAUGUAGCAAUUGAUGUAGCUCAUGCAGUUACAUACCUUCAUAUGUACACAGAUCAUCCAAUCAUUCACAGAGAUAUAAAAGCAUCAAAUAUCUUAAUAACAGACGGUUUAAGAGCGAAAGUAGCAGAUUUUGGUUUUGCUAGGUUGGGUUCAGAGGACCCUAAUGCAACUCAUGUUUCGACUCAAGUUAAAGGAACAGCUGGUUACUUGGAUCCUGAUUACAUGAGAACAAGACAACUCAGUGAAAAGAGUGAUGUUUAUUCAUUUGGUGUGUUACUUGUUGAAAUGAUGACAGGAAGAUAUCCAGUUGAACCAAAGAAGCCCCUCAAUGAGAGAGUUACAAUUAAAUGGGCAAUGCAGUUACUAAAACAAGGAGAAGAAGUGAUUGCAAUGGAUCCAAGGCUUAGGAGAAGUUCAGCCUCAAACAAAGCAGUACAAAAGGUUCUCAAGCUCGCAUUCCAAUGCCUUGCACCUGUACGACGAUCGCGGCCAACUAUGCAGAAUUGUGCAGAGGUUCUAUGGGACAUCAGAAAAGAUUUCAGAGAAAAAGUGUUUUUUCGUCCUCCCAUCGCUUCUCACCAUUCAGCAGAUUUUCCUCAGAAAGAUGCGAGAAAGAAUAGACGUAAGACGUUCGGUAUUGAAGAUGACAAGAAAUAUAAAUUUGUGUCUGCAUAAUUAGAUUCAUUUUUGAAAUUUGUUCAUUGAUUUUUUUUGAAGUAUUCUGACAGUCAAUUGCUAGUAGAAUACAGCUCUUGUUUGUAUCAUGUUCAUUACUUGUUCUCUUUUGUAUUUUGAAAUUCUCAAGGUUUUGGAUUGUUGAGAGUGGAAAGUAUGUUUUGGUGGCCUAACUGAAGUGAGAUGUGAAACACAAUGGAAGAUGAAAAACAUGAAAAGCACUAUGUGAUGCAAUGACACAAGGUGUCCAAUACAAGUUCAUCCUUGUAUGCUUCAACAAUUCAUCAGUUGUCUUGUUAUUUUCCGUGUUGUUCACGAUAAUUUGAAAAAACAUUCUUUUUCCCAAUCUUAUCAACAAUCGUGUCAAUUAGCUUGAAAAUUUUAGCAGGUGCCUUGAUUAUGGGAUGAAUCAAUAGACUUCAAAAAUGAGUUCCCUUUGUUACAAGUAAUUUAUAUUUAGAAGCGGAUGUUAGUUAGAAAUAGAAGCUUAUGAGAUUGUUAGUCACAAGCCUACAUUAGUUAGGAGCUGCGUUGCAUAGGUACCGGUACGUACCCAGUAUCCGGUAUGGGUACUGGUACGGGGUACGUCAUUUUUAGAAAAACUAAGGUACGGGUACGUUAGUAUAAUGCUUUAAUAAAUCAC